CUCCGAACAAUGGAAAAAAGGCCCGGCAGAAAUCGAAUAAAGGAAGAUCAAGAGCUUUCGCAAAAUAAAAAAAAAAAGCCGUGUCCCAAAAUCGGUGAAGCAGUGGCCAGAGAGAGGAGAAAUCGAAUAGAAUGGCAUCCUCUUCGAGCAGUGGACUGACGUUUAAGCUGCACCCGUUGGUGAUUGUUAACAUAUCGGAUCACUACACGAGGGUCAAAUCCCAGAUGAACCACGGCAGCGACCUCCAACAGCAGCCGCAGCCGCCUCCGAGGGUCUACGGAUGCGUUAUAGGGGUGCAGAAGGGAAGAACCGUCGAGAUCUUCAACAGCUUUGAGCUACUUUACGAUCCCUCCAGUCACUCCCUCGACCGAUCCUUCCUUGAGAAGAAGCAAGAGCUCUAUAAGAAAGUCUUCCCGCAUUUUUACAUACUGGGAUGGUAUUCUACUGGGAGUGAUGCCCAGGAGGCUGAUAUGCAUAUACACAAGGCUUUGAUGGAUAUUAAUGAAAGCCCUGUUUAUGUUCUUCUCAAUCCAUCCAUCAAUCAUGCACAAAAAGAUUUGCCUGUCACCAUUUAUGAGAGUGAGCUGCAUGUCAUAGAUGGGGUCCCUCAGCUUAUUUUUGUUCGUUCUAGUUACACUAUCGAGACAGUAGAAGCAGAAAGGAUUUCUGUUGAUCAUGUUGCACAUCUUAAGCCAUCUGAUGGAGGUUCAGCAGCUACUCAAUUGGCAGCUCAUCUUACUGGGAUUCACAGUGCCAUCAAGAUGCUGAAUAGCAGAAUUCGGGUACUCCAUCAUUAUCUUGUUGCAAUGCAAAAAGGUGAGAUUCCAUUUGAAAACUCUCUGCUGAGACAGGUAUCUAGUCUCCUGAGAAGAUUGCCGACCAUUGAAUCACAAAAAUUUCAAGAUGAUUUCUUGAUGGAAUACAAUGACACUUUAUUGAUCACUUACCUAGCCAUGUUAACCAACUCCUCAAGCACCAUGAAUGAGCUAGUUGACAAGUUCAACAGUGCAUAUGAUCGACAUAGUCGAAGAGGCGGAAGGACUGCCUUUAUUUGAAAGCUUCCAAGGCUUGUGUGGGAUUCCUGCUGACUUGAUAAAUCUCGAGUGCUGCUUUUUUUUUUUUUUCAGUGUGCAUAUGCAUAGCACAUAGAAGCACAGAUUUUAUAGUAGCAGAACCUGGACAAUGCUUAAAGAAAUGGAGAUGCGAGAUAGUUAUUAGCUUUUGACUAUUUGGCUUCGCCUAUAAUGCCAAGUGUUCUUGUCGACAAAAAAAAUAAAAUUCUGCUUUGCAAUUAUCUUGAAAUUGCUGUGCCUUCUUUUUGUCA